CGACAGACCGGUCUGUGUCUGUGCUCGGAGGGGACAGUCACAACACACUGAAAACACUGCAGUCAAGAGUCACAGACAGGAGUAGCAUGACUUACUACAGCAAUAAGACCAGCUAUUUACUUUGAUAUCAUAUAAGACUGAAGACAGAGUUACGUGUUUAUCGUUUACGAGGACGUAUCGACCCUCAAUGAGGACAUUUGGGCAUGGCUGUUUUCAAGCAACAGAAAGUAGAGGACUUCUAUGAGAUUGGUGAAGAGCUGGGGAGGACAGCCUGUCAGCCUUUCCCUAAUAACCUGCAGCACAGGAGCCCUAAACGUGUGUGUUUGUGUUUCAGGGUGUCUGGAGGAGAGCUGUUUGACUUCCUGGCUCAGAAGGAGUCUCUGAGCGAAGAGGAAGCUACCCAGUUCAUCAAACAGAUCCUGAACGGAGUACAGUUCCUCCACGGCAAGAGGAUAGCACACUUUGACCUCAAGCCUGAGAACAUCAUGCUGUUGGAUAAGAACGUCGAUCUACCACGCAUCAAGAUCAUAGACUUUGGUCUGGCUCUAAAAGAUGGACCAGGUCGGACGGACUUUAAAAAUGUUGUGAUAUGUGUAUUUCCAGCUCCAGAAGUCGUCAACUAUGAGCCUCUGGGUUUAGAAGCAGACAUGUGGAGCAUCGGAGUCAUCACCUACAUACUGUUGAGUGGAGCAUCGCCGUUCCUUGGUGACUCAAAGCAGGAGACUCUGGGGAACAUCUCAGCCGUAGCCUACGAGUUUGAUGACGAGUUGUUCAGCAGGACCAGUGAGCUGGCCAAAAGCUUUAUACGACAACUACUGGAGAAAGACACCAGAAAACGGUUGACAAUCCAUGGUGCUCUGAAACAUCCCUGGAUACAGCCAUUGGACUCCAGACAGGCCCUGGUCAAGAGACAGUCUGUAGUCAACCUGGAGAACUUCAGGAGACAAUACGCCCGACGCAGAUGGAAGCUUUCCUUCAGAAUUGUGUCUCUCUGUAACCAUUUAACUCGUAUGAUGAAGAAAGGUCAUCCCAAGCUGGCAGCCCAGGACGAGAGGGACUGUGAGAGCGACCAGGAGACGGAGAUGAUCAUGAAGAAAAGACCCAGAACCAGGAAGAGAAGCAACACUUCCUGAAACCUGCCUGUCUUUUCUAAUUUGUUGAAUGUGUGUCUGUAGCACACAUGAUUGGUCCGAAAGCAGCUCACAGAGACUACUUCAAAAACUGCUGUCCAUACAAUGUCUUUUAUAUGUUGCACAGCAUUCUGGGGCAAUAGAUGAAACGCGUUGAUAGUGUUUCCUAUGGAGUAUUUUCAGUGCCAACAGAAAUGUUAUUUUAAUCCCUGCCUUCUGUAAAGCUAUCUAGAUUGUAGGAAUGUACAUGUACAAUUGACAGGUUAGGACAGGGUACAGGUUAGGAUAGGACAGGGUACAGGUUAGGAUAGGGUACAGGUUACGGUUACAGGUUAGGAUAGGGUACAGGUUAGGAUAGGG